AUGCCUUCACAAGUAACGUCAUACUUCAGAGAAAGUGAAUGGAAUAUAGUUAGAGGGUAUAGAAGUGAAUUAAAGAAACUUCAACAUCUACCAACAGAAGAAUUAAAUCAAAUAGCUGAAGAAUGGCUCACUGAUUCCGGUUUAAAGACCAGUUAUCAUCAUGGUGAUUCAUCAAGCUUAUAUGCCAUAAUGCACGCGUCUCGUGGUGAAGACACCGAAGCUAUGGUAUUAUCGAUCCCUUGGAAGACUUCUGAUGGUCAUUUCAAUCUCGGAGGUGCUUCUAUAGGAAUGGCUUUAGGGAAAUAUUUCAACAGAAUGUCCAUUUGGUCAAAGAAUAUCAUCAUCGUGUUUACUGAAGAUAGUCAUAAAUCUUUACGUCAAUGGGUUGAGGCUUAUCAUACAUCGUUGGAUAAAACUGCUGGGUCUAUUGAAGCUGCUAUUAUCUUAGAGUACAAUGGGGAAUCAGAUCAUUUCGAUUAUAUUGAAAUGUGGUAUGAAGGAUUGAACGGUCAAUUACCUAAUUUGGAUUUCUUAAACACCGCCGCACAAAUUGCUUACCAUGAAAAUAUUCAUGUUUCUUUACAAAACACUCCUGGAGAGAAAGUAACGUUGAAUACCUAUAAACAAAGAUUGAAGGUAUUUGUUAAAGGUAUUAUUGGAUUAUGUUUAUCAGGAAUAGUUAAACCUAUUAAUGGAGCUGAAUCAUUUAGUGGUUGGUCAAUUCAAGCCGUUACUUUAAAAGCUCGUGGUAUCAAAGGACCCAAUGAUAUUACACAAAUGGGUAGAGUUGUGGAUUCAACUUUCAGAUCAGUCAAUAAUUUAUUGGAAAAAUUCCAUCAAUCUUUCUUUUUCUACUUAUUAAUGAGUCCAAGAUAUUUUGUAUCAAUUGGAACUUAUUUACCUUCAGCUGUAUUAAUUGCUGUCAGUUAUGCUUUAAGUUCAUUGAGUUGUUUGUUGAAUACUAACGUAUCCAUUUCAUCAUUCUUAAAUUCCAUUUCCCAAGUUUUGAUCAUUUUCACUUCAAUUGAAUUUGCUUGUUUUUUGACUGCGAAUUUAUUACCGUUCUUAAUCUUCAGAACUGUCACCGAUGAUGAUAAGAAUAAUCUUGUGACAUUAAUUAUCGUUGGUUUCUCAACUUUAAACAUUGUGUUAUCUACACCAUUCUUAUGGAAAUCCAAAUAUUUAAGAAUUUCAUCAAAAUUAUCAUACUCAUUAAUCUCAUUCAGUUUAUUUUUUAUUUCCAUGGUGAUUACAAUGUUACUUAUUCUUAACUUCUCAUUAGCUUUACUUAUUGGUUUAAUGUCAUUACCUUUAACUUUCAUCCAACCAAUUUUGAAAUCCAUUGAUAUUCAACCUUCAAAAUCAAUUGAAUCAUUCCCAUUGAUGAAUUACUUGAAUACCAUGAAACCUCAUUUAAAAUUAUUCAUUUGUUUAUUCGUUUCCAAUCCUAUAUUCAUCAUUAUUGUCACUGGUUCCUCAUACCUCGGAGAUAAUGGAGUAUAUAAUUUAAUGACAAAUUUAAUUACUUCAUGGAACGAUUUACAAUGUUGGACUUGGUACAUAGUGAUGUUAGGUUGGUUCCCAGCAUGGUUGACCAUCUCCUUUGCUUGUUUAUUAGGUAAAUUCGACUUCAUUACCUCCAGUAAGAAACUUCAAUAG